UGUAUGAAACACUUUUUUUAAAGCAAAAAGCAAGCACAAAUUUGGAUUGUGGUGGAUAAAAGCAGUGUUCACUGGAUUGAUUCAACCCAUCAUUCUUCCUACUCUGUUGAACCCAUUUAACCAAGCUGGCUGUUUGAUUAACUCAUUCAGAUUAAAGAGAAAGGGGAAAGCUACUCGACAGAACCACCCAUGGGUUGUUUUGCCCUUUUCUUCUUCUUUAUGGCACCUCUUGCUUGCAUACUGGCUCAAAAUGUUCAAGACGCGGAACUUGUAGUUAAUUCGACUGCACUACUUACUGAAACAGAUGAAAAUUUUAUAUGUGCUACUAUCGAUUGGUGGCCUCAUGAUAAGUGUAACUACAAUCGUUGCCCGUGGGGCUAUUCAUCUGCGAUAAAUUUGGACUUGGAUCAUCCAUUGCUAUCAAAAGCUGUUAAAGCUUUCAAAAGACUGAGAAUAAGAGUUGGGGGUUCUCUGCAAGACCAAGUAAAGUAUGACGUGGGAAACCUCAACUCCCCUUGUCAUCCAUUUGCAAAAGAGAGCAAUGGGUUGUUUGGAUAUUCCAAGGGAUGUUUGCACAUGAGGAGGUGGGAUGAACUAAACAACUUUUUCAUUAAAACGGGCGCAAUAAUGACAUUUGGCUUAAAUGCACUAUAUGGGAGACACAAGAUUAGACAAGGUGUUUGGGGAGGAGAUUGGAAUUCCAGCAAUACCCAAGAUUUUAUAGAAUUUACUAUCUUUAAAGGCUACCAGAUAGAUUCGUGGGAGUUCGGUAAUGAACUAAGUGGCAAGGGAAUUGGUGCAAGUGUUGGUGCUGAACAGUACGGAAAAGAUAUAAUUAAACUAAAAGCUCUGUUAGACAAGUUGUACAAGAAUUUUCACCCCAAACCCUUGCUCGUUGCACCAGGUGGAUUUUAUGAAAAGGAGUGGUAUGAUAAGCUCCUGAAGGUUUCAGGUUCAGACACUGUCGAUGUUAUGACACAUCAUAUAUACAAUUUAGGACCAGGUGUUGAUCCUAAUCUUGUGAAUAAAAUUUUGAACCCUCUCCAUCUCAGUAGAGUAACAAAGACUUUUAGUAGUCUUGAACAGACAAUUCAGGAAAAUGGUCCUUGGGCUUCCGCUUGGGUUGGAGAAUCUGGGGGAGCUUAUAACAGCGGGGGCCGGCAUGUGUCUGACACCUUUGUAAAUAGCUUUUGGUAUCUAGAUCAGCUUGGAAUUGCGUCAAAAUUCAACACAAAGGUGUAUUGCAGGCAGACUUUGAUCGGUGGACACUAUGGACUAAUCAAUGCGACAACUUUGGUACCCAACCCUGAUUAUUAUAGUGCGUUAUUAUGGCAUCGACUUAUGGGAAAAGGGGUUCUUUCUGUUGAAAGUAAUGCUUCACCACAUUUGCGCUAUUACGCACAUUGUUCAAAAGGAAGAGCUGGCGUUACUUUACUUCUUAUUAACUUGAGCAACCAGACCUAUUUUGAAGCAAGUGUUCAAAGUACAAUGAGCAGCAAGUUGAGCGCCGGAAAGGAAACCACUUCAAGGAAAAAUAAAUUAGUGCAUCAUCUGAAGAAAACAAUUUCAUGGAUUGGAGGCAAAACAUCAGAUGAAGACCUAUAUAGAGAAGAAUACCACUUAACUCCCAAAGAUGGAGAGAUCCAAAGCAAAAUUAUGCUGCUAAAUGGAAUCCCAUUAGUGCUUACGGAUAAUGGUGAUAUCCCAAGUUUAGCUCCGGUCCAUGUGAACAUAAACUCUCCGCUUUCAGUUGAUCCUUUGUCCAUCAAGUUCAUAGUACUCCCCAACUUCAAUGCUCCAGGGUGCAAAUGAUGUCCGAGACUUGCCUCCCUUUACUUGGAUUAAUAUCUGAAUACAAUUGUAUUAUGACGCAUGAUUAUGGUAUUUAUUGUCAUUGAAAAAAAUCAAUGUUCACGGUAGUUAUUGUAAGAGCUCCGAUGGGUUAACAACCCUUUGUCAGCUUUUAAGAAUUCCAUCAUUGUAACUGUAUGUAAACUUCUGGCUGGAAUUCAUCAAUAUAUGAUAGAAAAACAAUUGUAA